AUGAAUGUCAAGAACAAGACUCAAGUGACCAUGUUUGAGUUUUCUGGUCUUAUGCCGCUUGCCCCGUUCCUCUUUGUGCUUUUUUUGAUGGUUUACAUAGUGACCGUGCUUGGAAACAUUGGGAUGAUGGCGAUGGUACAUCUCUCACCCACCCUCCACACUCCAAUGUACUACUUACUGAGAUGUCUGUCUAUGGUGGACCUCUUCUACUCUUCAGUAAUUACUCCUAAAAUGUUCUCUGACCUCCUUUCCAAGAGAAAAUUAAUCACGUUUAUUGGUUGCAGCCUUCAGUUCUACUUCUUUUGUGCACUGGUAUCUACAGAGGUCUUUAUUCUCUCCGGAAUGGCAUAUGACCGAUAUGUUGCUAUAUGCCGCCCUCUCCACUACGUCUUAGUGAUGACUAAGAAGAAAUGUCUCGGACUUGUAAUUCUCUCGUUCUCUGUUGGCUUUGUGCAGUCAGCGGCACAGACCAGCAGUCUAUUCAGUCUUGAAUUUUGUGACUCUAACCUUAUAGACCACUUCUACUGUGACAUCCCUCCACUGGUCAGGUUGUCUUGUUCCGAAAUCCGCACCUGCACCAUCGUCACCCUUUUCCUUGUGUGUUUUUGUGGCAUAGGUUCAAUGACAAACAUCCUGGUCUCCUACACCCUCAUCAUUCCAUCUAUCUUACGGAUAAACUCUGCGGCUGGCAGGAGGAAAGCAUUUAACACCUGCUCCUCACAUCUCAUGUGUGCGUCCAUCUUCUAUGUUACAGUUUUUUGUACUUACCUUCAUCCGACCUCCAGUACCCUCAAAAAAGAAGAACAGGUAUCCUCUUUAUUCUACACAGUGGUGGCUCCAAUGUUGAAUCCUCCUUUCUACAGCCUGAGGAACCAAGAGGUGAAAAAGGCCAUCAUAAGACUGCUUCAGAAAAGCCCCCAUUAA